CUCCGAGCUUCACAUAAAGAUAGGAUCUAUCCGUUCAUCCCACCUAGAGUGUCUUCUGCCUUGUUCACAUUGUCUGCACCUGGUCAAGUUUGGCAUAAACGGUUGGGUCAUUGUGAUGCAGAUUGGGCAGGAUGCCCCGAUAGUUGCCAUUCUACUACAGGUUAUGCUAUUUUCUUGGGCGGUAAUUUGAUUUCCUGGCAGUCCAAGAAACAGCCCACAGUCUCCAAAUCCUCUACGGAGGCCGAGUAUCGGGCUGUUGCAUAUACUGUUCAGGACACACUUUUUAUUCGAUCUCUUCUUGCCGAUAUGGGCUUCUAUUUG